GCGCGAGUCUCCUCGCAUUCGCGAUUACUUCGAAUCCAUUCUCUGUUCGUUAUUCCUGACCCGUCUCUUGCUCUUUCUUUCGCCUUCUAACCCCCACCUUCUGUUUCACUCGCUCUACGUACAUUACGCGAACGAGUCACAGUCAGUCGGCACAGAGGCAUCGUUGACGCCGCGCCGCCUCGUCCCUUCUCUUCCCUCCUCUUCCCACUCUUUUCUUUCCCUUCCCGAUUCCUUUUCGCUCUUCUCUCGAUUAAUUCUUCCCUCCCUCCAUUGCUCGCGUUCUUCCUCGCGAUGUACCGAGGCGACGGUACUCGUUGGCUUUCGACUUACGUUCCGCGCUUGUACUUUUUUUCGUUCUUUCUUGUCGGAGAGUCGCGGUCGUGUUAACGUUCGCUUUCACGGCGAGACACACUCGAUCGAGGAUAUUCGUUGACGAAUCGAUCCAUCCGGGAUAGUAUCAGUGUUCAGUGAUUGUGGUUUUUUUUCUUUAAGUUUCAUUCACGGUGAUAAUACGAAGAUAAAUGUCACGAAUGGAAUAAACGAACAGAAAUUUCUUUGGCGGUGAUAAGCGGCGUUGCGCGGGGGAAGGAGAAUGGAGGCGGCGGAGGAAGUUGGCGAUAAUAAGAACCCCUCGAAAACAGAGGCGGCAAAUGAAUCGAAGGAGCGAGCCAAGGGGGAGGAACAACUCCGUAUUCUCUCGGUGGACAAGGUUACGGUGGAGAAGAUCGUCUUGGAAUCCUCGACCGGCUCGCGAGAGGUGCUCUUAACGAAAAACGAGAGUUCAAAGAAAGUUUCGAUAAAAUCCGGGCUUGAAAAGCCGGUUCCCAGGCGAUCGAAAGACAAGCGCAACGAGUCGACGAGCGCGGAUAAGUAUCGCUCUUCCCUUCCCGAGGAUAUUAUCGCGUUCGAUGGCUGUCAGUCGAGGGAGGGGGCGAAAAAUUCGCGAAACACGGAGAGGAUCAAACCGAUCAAAUUGACCAAGAGCCCGUCCAUAGGCAGCUUAACGAUCACAGGUGUCCCCGUGGGGACGACGGGGAAACCGGACACGGGACAGGAGAAAGCGGAGGAAAAGACGAGCGGGGAGGAAUUGACGGACGCGAAGGUAGCCGAUGAGGGUAAGAUAAAUCCACGGAGGUGGGUGAUCGCGGGUAAAUCUGGCGAGGCGGAGGAAGGGAACGAAAUCGGAAAGAUCGACGCGAGAAAUCUGUUGGAGAAGAGCGAAACGAAUAUCGAGGUACUCCAACGGAACCUGAACACGAAGAUUGACGCGAGCACGGCGCGCAGGUACAAGAAAAAGUUGCUCGAGUCCCGGGAGAAUCGGCGUCUAAAGUUGCCCAUCGUCGACCCGAACGAGAAGUUCGUGAACAGGAUCGCGUUCGACGAGGAGUUUCUACAGAAGCAUAAUCUCGACAAGAGAUUGAAGAUCGAGGAAUACGGAUUGCUGGACACCGAUCUGGAUCGGGGAGGAUCGGGGGGGGAGCAGCGGGGAGGGGAGGGGGGGUUGUCGAAGAGGAAGGAAGAAGGGAGGCGAGGGUACAGCGAGAAGGUGUUGGAGGUGGAGAAAAGGUGGUCAGGGGAGUUUCUGAAGAAUCAAUUGGACCGGCGUUCCUCGGAAUCGUCCAAGUCCUCUUACGUGGGGGAAUACGGAAGCGUUUCCUCGAGGGAGAGCAUAGGCGAGGAAUACGAUCGGAAUACCGUUUACGAAGGUGGGAAGGGAAAAUUCGACUCUGUAGGGCGGUCGAUUAAUUUGAACUGCGCUUCCGCGAAAACUCUAGCCGCCAGCACGUUGAGCACCCUCGACUCGGACUCGUGCCUCGAGGACAGGAUCAAGUCGCUCGAGGAGGACAUCGAGGCGCAGGAGAAGGAGGAGUUGGGGAAUGGAAAGGCUGUCGGUCGUCGGGAGAUAGAGUUGCCCGAUCUUUGGAGAGAGUCCAUGCUCCCUUUCGCCAACGAGUUUCGGAAUCGAAAGGACGAAACGUUCGAGUCGAGGAUCGCCGGCAGGAUCGAGGAUAGGAAAAUCUUCAACGAGACGAAUCCCUCUCCGUUGGCGAGCGGCGGGGAGGCCCGUUCGAGGGUAGACGGAUACGCGACCCUCAUAAGGAAGUUCACGAUGGAAGCGGGAUCGUCGUCCCGAUCAAAGAAGGAGGAAAAGCAGAAGAAGAAGCUCGGGUUCCGCCGCCUUCUGCCGGGUUUCUUCUCGCCCAAGGAUUCCCGAAAGGAAUACAAGAAGAAGGAGUCGAAGGAGAGGAAGAGGCCCGACGACAGACACUUCGCCCGCUACCAGCAGAACGGCAACUACACCAGGUCGCCGGACACGAUGAACCUGAACGAGGACAUCAAGAGGAACGUGAAGCUGGACAACAGCCUGAACGGAUCCAUAAUCGAGGAGAGGUUGGACGAGAUAAAACGGGAACUGUUCCCGGAUCAAGGCCCUAUAACGAGCACUCCCGAUCACCUGGCGCGCGAGGGCGAUCACGAGGGCCUUUUGCGCGAUCGAGCCGGCCAACCCCGUUCCUACACGACCGACUCGAGCCUGAGCUCGAUCGCGCCCGACGAAAGGUGGAACGAGAGGAACGCCCAGCUCGGUAUAUCCCCGGACAUCAGGAAAUUCGAGCAGAGGCAGAAGCGCGAGGAAUUUGGGCAGAGGUACGGGCAACGUUACGGCCAACUGGAACGGAAGCACAGCUUGCAGGAGCCGAGUCACGCCGCGCCCAGGCCGCCCUACUUCUUCCAAAGGAACCACGGGCCAUCGGGAAGGAUCUCGGCCCCGCCGACCGAGAGAUACCUGGUCAGGCCGAGGGCGAUCCAUCCGAUCGACCGCCCCCUACCGGCUAUACCCCACUCGAGGACGGAUCCGUUGUCCAACUACGAGAAUUAUUUGGAGGAGCGGGACGAGCAGCAGCGGGUCGCCGGGCACGGUAAUAAAGCGGGGAGCGGUUAUCUGAGCGAGCAGGUGUUGUACGAGAACGACAACCCGUCAGGUUUGAUCUUGAAAUCGGUCUCAGCCCAGGUGAAGAUCACCCGGCAACCGAUAGUGAAUCAGAAUCACCGUGCCCCGUUGGUGGGCAGGUCGCCCAAGUAUCUCUCCUCCGGCUCGAGCCAGAAGUCGGGCGAUUACGGGGGUGACUCGAGUUGCACGCCGAACUCGAGCCAGAAGAGCGGCUUCUCCCCGACCAGCUCGAAGAGCGGCGAGUAUUACCUGCACUCGCCCCGGGACAGCGGCUCCCCGAACGAGCACGAGGACGAGGAAGAUUCACCAAGGGGGGAGGGUAUCUACGAGAACGAGAAGUCGCCGUCCAGAUCGUCGACCAGGUGCAUGGACGAGCGCAUCUACGACGAGACUCCCUCCAUCGGCUGCGAGGAGGACGCUUGCUUAGUCCCCCCUAACUCGAUCCUCGAUCGCUCCGUCGAGGAGCAAAGGGGGGCCGCGUCUCCGCGUAGGAGUCGCUCGAGAGGAGGUGAACGACCCGUUUCCCCGCGAGGAGGAGGAGGAGGAGAAAACGCGGAGAGAGGGCGGGAGGAGGACGUGGAGAAGCAAUGCGGGGAACCCCAGGGCAUCGUCGGUUGCGGACCCUCCUCGCCGACUGGGAGCCAAGGGAAACCGAUCUCCCCGUACGGAUCGCGGCUGCCCUCUGCCAGAAGGGCACAGCCCAACGAGCAGAUUUUAAUAGCGUCUCCGAAGAGGGAUGCCAUCCCGUACGAGACCCGAAUACCGAGGCCCUCUAACGAGUCGAGGCGAGGUUGCCCCAUCGAGUCGCCCGUGCACAUGACGAACGCGCCUCGAAACCUCGUCGUCGCUAACUCGAUCGAUCCGCGAAGCCAAGAUCCGAGCGGAAUACGGAGCGACGUUUCUGGGACCAAGGGAUCCCCGCAAAGUCAGGUUGCGUUGGAGAUACCCCGUCCCGAGCCUGUUUACGCGCAUCGAGGCCAACGGAAUCAGGAAAUAGCUUCCCCGUCCAGAUCAGGUUCAAGUGUUGAGAAAAAGGUUAACAGUCAGGCGGAGAACAGCGUACAGAGGAAAGAUGGCGAGGAGAGGGUGGCCUGGGUCCAGGCGCACGCGUCCUCUUCGUGUUCGCCGCAGAUGAGCCCGCAGGUUGACAGGUCGCCCGACUCGAUCCCCAUUGAGGAUCAUCGUCAGAAUUCUGAAGCUCAGCGUAAUCCUAGUUUGGAGGAACAACGUGCCCCUCAUCAGCAACAGCAACAAGAACCGAGACAGGUAGGGCAGAGAGGUUUGGAAGAUCCCGCGUACAAUCAGAGGAUCUGUGAACCGAUGUGCGGGCAACGAGUCGGCGCGGUUGCGAGCGGGCCCCUGUCGCCUUCGAAACAAGAGACUAGACAGCAUCUGGAGGCCUUCUACUGGCAACAAAAGGCGCUCGAGGCGCACCGAAAGUCCCUCGCGUCCCCGGUGAGCGAGAAACAGAUGGGGCGAAAAAUUGAUUUACCGGAGGUCAGGGAGGCGGUGUAUUGGCAACAGCUCAAGAAACUGGACGAGGAGCAACAGAGGCGUAUUUACGAGCAAAAUCUGAUAGAGGAGUCGUCGUACUGCAAGGGAGGGCCGAAGAACUCGGCGAGGGUGUCGGCCCCGAGACAGGGAUCUGUUCGAGGCCCCCUGGCGACGGCCACCGCGCCAGGUCCUCCGUUACCGGUCACCCACGGAAAUCCAUCCUCGUGGAGUGGCAAUCUGCGCAGCUCGAAGGGGAAUCCCACCGGGAAGCCGCCGCUGAUGCAGAGUCAGAAAGGUCAGAACCAGCCCGUUCUGAUCGUCCGCCCGCAACAGGCGAUUCGUGAUCGGCGGGACGUGAUGGUCCCCGCCAAGCCUCUCGAGUCGGGCAGGCAGGAGGCAGUGCAGAGGUCGAAAAGCGCGUCGCCGCAUUUUCACAGAGGAGAGGCGCAGCCGGUGGCGAGGAAGCUCGAGGUCUCCUCGAUCUACGAGGAGGAGCCGACGAACGAUGUCGAUGGAAAAACUGCCCACCCACCUCCCCCGAUAUUUAAAAGGGGUAGCUUGAUUGGCGGGGAAUCGGUGGAAUAUGGAAGCGGCAGCAGCGCGAAGAGAGUCAGCUUCUCGAAUCAGUCGGGUGUCGGUGGGCAGGAUUUAGCCAGUGGAAGUUGGCCCACGAAACACGGUACUGCCCCGGAGCCGCCGACUCGAAGACAUCGAAGCGAGGACAGCGUGUCCGAUACAGACUCGGUAUUUUCCUAUCCUGAGCGCCGCGAUCCCUCCACGCAUCCCUGUGCGGAUGUGACGGAGUACGAUGCCGACAGACCUCUUCCGCCUCUACCCAAGGAUGCCAUCUCGGUGAACGCCAUGAGACUUGCGACCGGAAGAAGCGUUGUGUAUGGAGAUACACGUUGCAACGUCGGAACGGAUCCUCGACGUGCCGUUAGUCCGCAGCGAGUACUUCGACAGAAGGAGGAAGAGUGGAAUUCGGAUGGCAAGGGUCGACAGUCCAACGACAUCGGUGGGUCCGGCAGGGGGGAGGGUGAGGCAGGCUCGAACGAGGUUCCAACUGGGAGGAGAGGCGGCAGUGGCGGCGGCGUGGGUAGCGGAGUCGGCGGGGGCGGGGGCGGAGGAAGCGUGCUGGGGGUUGGCGGAGGUGGCGGAAGCGGAAGCAUCGGCUCGGGGGGCAGAAGCGGAUCAGGGGGAGGCCGAUCGAGGGACGAGCCGAGGAGGCACACCCUCGGCGGCGAUCACCAACCGUCCCUACAUCAUCAGCAGUUCAACGCGGCCCAGCAGCUACACCCCCUUCAUCCCCAUCAUCUGCCGCCGCCACACGGCCAAUACGGUACGCCGCCCACGCGUCAUACCACCAUGGAUCUCGAGAUGGGGACCAAGUCUCGCCAGAGAAAGUCGCCUCUUCCGCGCGGGUACCCACCUCCCUCUACGACGAUGUUGUUCGAUGACGACCCGGGCAUCAUGUCCGAGGUGGAGACAUCGAGCACCGGAUUUCGACGGGGUGGCAAGCAAAGAAGCAGCCUCCCCGUCGUACGGACCCCCAGCAAAACUCUGGAGCGACCACUAGGUAACUCACGACCCGCAAUAGAAUUAGGAGCGUCUUGUUGCUGCCUCGCUGCUCGAUGCCCUUGUCGGACAUUCCUGACGAAACGAUGCGUUUCUGUGGACGAUUCCUUAGGUCUAGUGUUCCUGCAGUAUAGGAACGAGACGAAGCGGGCGCUCCUACCGAACGAAAUCACUAGCAUAGACACCGUUAAGGCUCUCUUCGUACGAAGUUUUCCGAAGCAACUCACUAUGGAAUAUCUAGACAGCCCCCACGUCAAGGUUUACAUACACGAUAGCAACAAGGAUAUGUUCUACGAACUCGAAGAUCUCAGAUCGCAUCUGAGAGACAUCCGAGACCGAAGCGUCUUGCGACUAUUCGAGAGCACUGACGGUGUGACAGGGAUGCCAGGACCAUUGGGGAUACCAGGGACAGGAACGGGACUACCCCCUCACUGGGAGGACCAGAGCUACUUCAGCGAGCCGGAAUUCGACAGCGAAUACCAACAUCAGCAUAUUCACAAGAGCAAGACGGCGAAGAACUCGACUUCCGGGAAUAGCGGAUACUACGUCGGAGGAAGCAGCACUCUGCCACGAGGAGGACAACUAAUGAGGGCGUACAGUCCGGCGGCGUCGUCUGUGGUCGGAGGACCAAACGCGACGCCGACACAACCGAAACCUCUCGCCACUCCAGAUGGUUGGAUAGGUGGUGGCGGGGUGCCGCCGGCCAAGCCGCUUCGCAGCUACCAGUGUGGUAAGAGUCCCCUUGGAAGCCUGGGGGGCUCGGCUCGCUUCUCUAGAGACAGCUCGGUCUCCCUCUAUAGUAUAGCAGAUCGAUUGCACGGGGAAAGCGGUUAUAUGAGCAGUCCCGAAAGAGGUGGAGGAGUUGGCUCUGGAACGGGAAGAUAUCCACCCGGCCCCUACAGCGCCGGAAGCAGCUACGAGGAUCCGUAUUAUUCGCAAUAUUCGGGAACCGUGACACCUGUCAUUGAUGAGGAAGCCAGGAUAAGGGUAGAACACAUGGAAAGACAGUUGGCCAACCUGACAGGACUAGUGCAGAAAGCUCUCACUCAUGCACCGCACACGAGUCCAUCGCCGCGUGAUUACUUGCAAGUUCCCGCGGGACGUGAUCCUUACGCGAGAGGGCCAGGCGCCGGGGACGAGUUCGACAAACAUUCUAGCUCCAGCUCUGCCUCAUUGCCAGUGUCUCAACCUGCCGUUACAGAUGACUCGUACUUAAGGACUGACGUAAAACCACCAAAGUUAGGCAAAGACAAGUCGGUGUCGUUUGAAAAAUCAGUGUCCUUCAGUGAUGAGCCUCCAGACAUGAAUUCUCCCAAGCAACAUUCCCCGCAGCACGCAGCGGACACAAAACCAACGAAACCGGCGAUCAAAUCCUCCACGUUGCCGAGGAUGUCUUCGCAAGAGAGAGACAGGCAUAAACCUACUCCGCCGCCGAAACCGGCCGCGCUGGUUGCCGGCCAAUACGUUUAUCGGGACAUGGCUUUGACACCGGAAAUGUACAAUCAAUUAAGAGGCUUGCAGAAAAAGGCCAAGGAUCUGAGGCAAGAAGUUAGGAACUUGAGGCGCAUGUCUCAGGCUCAGGCGCACACCAUACGGGAGACCAUUUUGGAUACGUUCAUCACGAUCAGAACAAUGUUGCUGUCGUGCGGCGACGCGGCCUGGGACGCGGAGAAGAUUCGACUAAGCCGCGAGGAGGACCUCUACAGGCAAGAGAUGUUGAGGCUGGUAAAAGAUCUAACCGAGCUGGAAAACACGGUGGAGGAACUACGUGGCAAUGUCAUAAAUAGAAAGACGAGAGUGAACAUGUCGGAUGUGGAGAAUAUGGCCUUGAUAAUGAGCAAAUCUAGCAAAACGGUAGCGGAUCUAAAGGUGCGAUUCCCAAGUUUACAAGAGGGUAUGAAAGGUCUGUUGAGUUCGGAAAUGGAGAUGGUUGUGCGAGCGGAAAAGUUCCUCAAGGAAGAACCAGAACGAUUGGAAUCGGCGUUGAAACGUUGCAAAAAGCUCACAAGUACCCUCGUGACGCUCAAACGUUUGGCGUCGGUGCAAGAGCAGCGAUUACCAAACGCAGCAGCGAGCAUAGACGCCGAAGAGACGCCACCAAUAACACCAACCUCUGCUCAACAUUCCAAGGCAGCUGCCCCUGUGCCAGCGGAACGCACUGUCGUGGGGUCAGCGAGCGUCAUCGGGGGAGGGCCCCACACUCACGAACCACCCACCGCCCAUCAGCAGCGUCCGGAGAACGCACUCGACGCUCUGUUAGACGAGCUGCAGACGUUCUCGAGGCCAAGCUCGCAACUCGGCCACACUCAAGGAUCCUCGACCAUGCUAUCGGAACUGGGCAGGUCGGGCAGCAGAGGAGACGCGGCUGGAGCAACGGGUAUUGGAACGACUGGCCGACCGCCAUGUAUCUCCGACAUAGGAAGGAAAGGAAGCGUAGAUUCAACGAGUGGAAUUUUGCCAAGCGGCGGGACACUGGUGCCUGUUGGAGGGCCACAGACCACAGGUGGAACGCUACGUAGAUUGCACUCUUAUCCGUCUAGCUCGGACACGGACACGUCACCUCCCAUAGCGAGACUACAGGUGUCUCUGCAGGAACAACCGAGUUUACCGACGUUGCCGCAAGGAUUCAUCCCGGGACAGAAGCCACCGGUACCCGAGCGAAACGCAGAAUUGCUUCAAUUGGCCAGCGCGAGAAGGGUCCCACCCCCUCCACCGCCGCGUACUAGUUCUAGAUCUCCAUUGGCUAGUCCGACCAGUCCACAGUUGCCACCUAGAAAUCAUUCUUGCAACUUACAGAGCGCAAAUGCAACGCUGCGAAGGCCACCAGCACGCGGUACUCUACCGGUCAAAGAAGGAAAACCUCCGAUGGCCUUACCAACAGAGCAGCCAGGUACCGGAUUGGGUUCCACGCUAACUUCCACAAUCGGCUCUGCACUGGAGACAACAUCGAGUCCGGUGCUUCACAAUAAUUCAACCAGUUCUCAAUCAUCAGCCGUGCUAUCCACCAGUAACUCGAGUUCCUGUGAGAGCGUGAACUCGCAAGAGGGUCUACAGAGCAAAAAAGGCAGACAGGAGCAACUAGAACAACGGCAUCAGGAACUGCUGCGUAAACAGAAAGCUCUGCAAGAACAAUACGCGAGACUCCAACAACUGCAGAGGAACACUGCGGGCCUGACCACCGUCCCGCCUGCGCCGCCAGAUCUCUUGAAAAAGACAGGCUCGGAGAGCAAUCUGUUGGCCAAAAUGGGCCUAGGACUGAGCACCGCCAGCUCGGGUUCUCUAACAAGUCUGACCGUGAAACCCUCUAUCCCUCAAGAGGUUUCUGUGGAUAGUCUGCGAACGCGACAGGAAGAGGCAAAUGAACAUCAACAGGUGUCGACCACGAACUCGACGUCCAAUAUAGAAAGUGGCAACACUACAAUGGCCGGCACAAGCGAAUCGAAUGACAGUCAGCAGAUCGCUAGCGUAAUUUCUGUGGGAACCGCGAUCGUUUCCACUGCGGCGUCAACAUCUGGUAACAAUAACGCGAGCACGACUACUACAACCACUACCAGUAAGAUCUACGAAACAGAUAUUCUGUGACCGAGAAGCCGAUCGUUGCUCGAAUCGAGCGUUAAAGUGGCUGCUGAAGUCGUGCUCGCGAGUUAACCGCGUUAUUCCUGAAAUCGUGGUCAGAAUUUGGCGUGAAUAGAAAGGAAAAAAUAAACGAUAAAACUCGAGAUGAAAUAAAUACGAAUUAGGUUUUGGUAAAGCACCAAAGACGAAAGAUAUUUCGUCGAAGGUUAGUCUGCGACGAAUCGCGAAAGACAUCGCGAUCUUGUCAGCUGGAAAGUAGAGUACAGCGUAGAGAACUUAGCGAGUCACGCGUAAUUUAUAAUAUCGAUUAUCAUAAUUAAUAAACGAUAUAUAGUAUUAAUAAUCGUAAACGAAAAGCGCAAUCUCUCUCUCGGAACGCAUAAUCCGGACGCAUAAUAAAAACGAGGCUGAGAGUGGUCUCCUCGUCACCUUUACUUGCGAUCGUUAAGAAUAGAAAAAAAAAAAAAAAAAUUCGAUGGUUCGAAGAUCGAGUUCCUGGCCGCAAGAUGAUAGAAUAUCGUCAAGCGUUAACCUAUUGCGGCGACGAUUGUGCCAAAACGGAGAGCGAAAGCCACUGAUCAUAAGAUAUCAAACGACACGAUUUGUCAUCGACGCUCUCUUUCUUCGCGUUUUCUUCUCGAGUUCCAUUAAGCUUCAUUAACUUUCCCAUGAGCAGACAAACCCGAAAGUCGCUAUAAUCGGGAUAUGUCGAAUUAUCAUGCAUACUUAUGAAUAUAUCUUAACUAUAUCUAAAAAAAGAACGAUAAAUUUAUAUACAAGAAAUGCAGGAGUAAGAAAGAAGUUUCUAUAUAAAUGAAUAUUUAAACGAAAUAUAGUUAGAUAGAUAGAAGAACAGCAGAUAAAAGAACGUAUUACGCAAAAACGUUGUAAUGUAAACUUCAAGAGCGUUUAUUCCUGUUUGAGACCGGCUAUGAAGUUGUGCACAAAGUGUUAAACGAACACGCUACGAAUGAGCUAUACGCGUAUCUCUCUCUCUCUCUCUCUCUCUCCGUAUAUUUACUUGUAAGUCACGGUGUGUGAAACAUUCUUCAUGUGUUUCUAAGUAGCUUUGAUCGGAAGAAGAUAUAACCUCGAUUGAAAACACGAAGAAUGGAGAGCGAUCGUUUCUCGUGUCGAUCAACGCAUAUUAGUUAGCGGUAUUCCGUUAAUCUUCGAAAGAUCGAUUUUUUCGACGGACAAUGGCAAGAUUGAAAGGAACAUUGCUCAAUAUUUACCGAUCGAAAAAUGCAUCGAGUGUUUGCGUACGCGUACGCGGCGUUUUCAUACCGCUCCACAAUUCGUUCCAAGAUGCGUGCAAUUCUUUUCUCUUGGAGAAAAUCAGCGAAAUCUCUUAAAAUCAAAGUGUAAAUUAUUGUUUAACGUUUCCUCGAAUCGAUCGUUUACUGAUCGCUUUGCGAAUCUUAUUGCCAACUUAUAGCUUUGCUGAUCGAUCGAUCGACCAAUCGAAUCUUAACAUUUGUAAUUGGCACUCUUUUUGGAACGAUUUCACGGUCAACGUCGCGUUAUUCGCGCCAAAUGUUCAUUCCUAAUUCAAUUAGCUGAUUAAAUUAAUUCGCUUGAAUCGCGUCAAUUCGUUGAUAGAGCAUGUUGCAAUUGUCACGCGCAAGUCUCAAGUUUCUGUCAGCCUUUGAAAGACGUCUUGAUUUCUUUGUAAAGGUAUUGGCGUUAAACAGGAAAAAACUAAAGGAAAAGAUGCAGUAAGAUUAAGUAAUAAAAUUAACAGCGGAAAAUAUCCGCUGCUUUGUUAUCGUAAAAAGGACGAGAACUAAGAAAUAAGUAUCCGUGCUUCCCAGUGCUUGACAGAAAUCAGAGGUACAUAUUUAUAUAAUCGAUAUGCGCAUACUUUGCUUCAAGAGGCCUAAUAGCCGAUAGGUUCGAUUCCUUGCUUCUUCUUUUCCGUUCCUUUUUCAUUCAAAUCCAUUAUUGCUUGUCGCAAUUUAUCUUUCAUUUUCAUUCUCAAUAGUUAAUUAGGAAGUUUCAUCUACUACGCCGAUCGUAAUCGUAUUCUUAUUUAUUUUCUACAUACACCAUGAAAUACAUCUAUAUGGAAGUAAUAAUUAUUAAUAUACAUAUAACGAUAAGAAUAAUAUGAGUAAGAUAUGGAUAAUAACGAUCGAUUACAGUAUUCAGUUGCGAGUGUUUAUCAAAGCAUUAAACGAUCAAGACGGUACACAAUCCCAACGAACAAGCACUUCUCGUUCGAAUCUUUAAAUCGAACUUGUAUAUUGUUCCAUUCACAACAGUAGGUACUUACACGCAAUAUCCAAUCGCAUAAUUUGCAUUUGUACAAAGCUGCUUUCUCUUAACGCGUACUACUUUGUUUCAUAUUGAUUUAAACCCUUUCUUUCUCCACUCUUCCUCUUUUGUUCGUCGAUUUAUUUUCUGAUAAAAGUAUGCGUUUUACGUAACCAAAUCACAUCUCAUUAUUCAUAUCUUCCAUGAUUCAUGAUCCACCAGGCAAUAAUUUCUCCCUCGAUAGGUGUGAAAUUGGCCACACACCUUUCGACCGCGAGACGUAAAGCGGGACCCGAAUCGAUUCAGUUAUUUCCAAAACAAUUAGCCAAUAAUCGAUAUAUAAUGUUUUCCGACGAUCUUGUACGCCAAAUCGAAUUGACUUGUUACAUUUGUAAAUGUUUGUAAGUAACUAUCACGUAAUAAAAUAAUCGAUUAAUAAUCAUCGAAAGCAUA